AUGUAUUGUCAGAAGUGUCGCACGCCGUUGAAGCUGGAUGGCUCAAUAGAGUCACUCAACCCAUCUGCCUUUGACUUGUUGUCUAACUCUACAGGGAAGACGCUGUCGGAUACUGGAGCUGUUUCCUCAUCAGUACGAUCAUCAUAUCCGCCCGAACAUCGCGACAAGUAUGACCAGUCCGCCAGACAUGCUACGCAGCCAGUUUACAGACGGUCUAUCCCAGGCCCCCGUGCAGGAGGCCAGCCCAACCCGCCGACCAUACCCCGAGCGGAAAGCGGCAAUAUGUCAUUUGUGAUGCUCACCGAGUCACAAGUCGCGCCACCACCAGUCAGUGAGAAUGGAUCUGCUGCUCGAAGCAAGAGAAUUGGUACACAAGCCCAACUACGUGGCCAGGAGGAUGGGUCAUUCGUUGAUCAAGUGGAGAAGACAACACGACUAUUUGAGAUAGUCUCGGCGCGCUCUGAUAUUGACCACCCGAUUUGCGUGGAGUGCACCGAGCUGCUUGUGGAAGGACUCCAAAAACGCUUGGUGGGAUCUACGAAGGAGCGCGAUGCCUACAUCUCGUUUCUUAGAGACUUGAAUGGGUCAAUCCCGACCGAGGAGGAGCUGCAGGCAGCACAGAAAUCGUUGGAUGAGAGUCUGGAAGCGGAGCGGGCCGCAUUCGCAGAGCUGCAGUCCUUUGAGAAAGAAAAGGCUAUGCUAGACGCAGAAAUCGCUAGUUUAGAAAUGGACUCACGGCGUCUGGAUGCAGACGAGGAGAACUUUUGGCGGUCUCGCAAUGCAUUCGCCUUGACGUUGACGGAGUUUCAAAACGAACGAGAUGCACUCAAUAUGCGUUACGACCAUGACUCGCAACAGCUUGAGCGACUGCAACGGACAAAUGUCUACAAUGACGCGUUCUGCAUUGGUCACGAUGGAUAUUUCGGUACUAUCAAUGGACUACGACUGGGACGGCUGGCCAAUCCCUCGGUUGACUGGCCUGAAAUCAAUGCUGCGUGGGGACAAACAGCCCUGCUUCUGGCCACGAUGGCUGAGAAACUUGGAUUCCAAUUCCAGGGGUAUCGUCUCCGACCGCUGGGAUCCAACUCACGGAUUGACAAGAUUGAAUAUCCCACGCAGCCAUCCGGUCAGCCCGUCGAGGGAGCUGCGCCCAAAGUGACCGAGCUAGACCUAUUUUCGUCCGGAGAUCAACUGCUCAACCUUAAUUGGCUGCACCGUCGCUUUGAUUCAGGCCAGACCGGCGCCACAGCACCGGGGCUGAAAUUGCCCUAUGAGAUCAAGCGAGAUCGUAUUGGCGAUGCCAGCAUCAAGUUGGGCUUCAACCAAAGUGAUGAGACGUGGACCAGAGCCUGCAAGUACACGCUCACUUGCUGCAAGUUUCUCCUUGCACAUGCCAGCAAUCUUGCCAGCACGGGGUCUAGUAAUUCAGCUGCGGUUGCGGCUGCAGCCGUGGCAGCUAGCGAACACGCCCGACAGGCAACGGUCCCGAAGAAUAAACCAUGA